CACACACUCCGCUCACACACACUCCGCUCACUCACACACACUCCGCUCACACAGAGACUGAGAGAGAAGAGUCUGAAGAAGCUGAAGCUGCUGAGAGAAGAUGCCCACCACCACCAGAGUUCAGCCUGAGAGCAGGAAACCAGGUCGGCGGAUCAAAGCAGGAAACACACACUCAGUAGAGAAAUCCCUCGUUUACGAUGCAAAUGUCCCAGAACCCACAACCAGAUCAGAACUGCUCACACAUUGGAUCAGCCUUUCUCUGGAUGAACGGACAGCCAAUAAGCUGCUGUGGCUAACAGAGGGCGGGGCUAAAGUCUCCAGAAUGAAUGAUGAGGUGUGUCCUUACCUGGACAGACCAGAGAGAUACGAACACUCCCCUCAGGUGCUGUGUAAGGAGGGGCUGUGGGGUUCUCGGGGUUACUGGGAGGUGGAGUGUUGGGGCUGGGUGAUGGUGGGCGUGGCCUAUGAGAGCGAGGGGAGGAGGAACUGUGACGGCCCCUGUGGUUUCGGAGAGAACGAGGGGUCGUGGAGUUUGGGCUGGUCCGGAUCCUCCUACCACAUCUGGCACAAAGGGGUUAAUCAGGAGCUGGUGAAGCCUCAGUGCUCCACCCUCGGGGUGUAUCUGGAUCAGCCGGCCGGACUGAUCUGCUUCUACAGCGUGGAGCGGGCCGGUACCGGGAGGAGGGAGGUAACGCUGCUGCACCGGGUUCAGAACCCCAUCAAGGAGAAAACCCUCCCCGGAUUCUGGCUGGGCCGGCAAUCGUCCUGUAGGCUCCUCCCCAAAGAGGAGUGAGGGGGCGGAGUUAAACAGAGAGAUGGACACUGCCAUAAUAAACCUGAUUUAAUCUGGACUAGUUUUACUGGGGAGGUGCUGUAACAGAUCAAGUCAUAUUUAUUUAAA